AUGAAGCAACUCGACACAAUUGGCAAUGAUGAGGAACAGCAUCUUGAAAAGAGCCGUGUUAUUCUUGGCUGCUAUCUUCUCAGCGCCUCAGUUUCGGCGUAUUACAAACAUAUGGAAUCUUUGCCCUGGACGCCUCAUCUAGAGGACUGCCUCCAGAGGUUAGAGUCAAGUGCUGGUGCAUGUCCAUCGGAUUCAGUACUGGUAGUACAGGUCCGGCUGCAGCAUCUAGCCCAGAAGGCUCAUGAAAUCCACCGUCACCAGGACCCUUUGUCCCCGCCUUUGAUCCUCUACUGCGAUGCAAUACGUGAACAGCUACGUCAAGUCGAGACCUUGAUUACACCAAGCAUGGCAAAAGCUGCCGAAGCCUCCCAAAAUGCCGCCGAACCAAGCGGCAAGCACAGUUCAGAGAGCCUGAAAUGGAUCUGGCAGUCCGCCAUGGCCGUCAAGUCGUGCUUUGAGAUCUGGACGUCUGUUUCGCCCUCUAUCUGGGUUGGUCUGUCGAUCCAGUACACUCUCCAGGUGGGCCGCUGCCUGAUGACCCUGUUCAGAUUGUCUACGCUGAGCGGUACCGCGCGGGAUCUCGAAGCCGUGCGAAAAAGCCUGGAUGCGUUAGCUAUUAUUGAUUGUGUCAUUGGGGUUACCGCUCAAGCAAGUGUCGAGGCGGGGGAGACUGCCGGGGACGACCUGUUUAAGAAAAUGCUGCGCAAUUUGCAGGGCUUUCGGGAAGGAAUGCUAGCAAGCUUGACUUCGGAACAGGAGACCAUUGGCAGCGGUGAUGCAUCAGAAGAUGGGAUGGCAGAAGAUCACCGGAAUCGCAUUGUUCCUGCACCUGUGUUAUUUGAAAUGCCUGCUUAUGGCUUCUUUGGGACGGGAGAGUGGAUGGAGCAGAUAUUUGACUCUGGACCGUGCUAA